AUGAGCCUGCUGCAGUUUCGAUGGGUUUCCCUGGAUGAAGAUGAAAUUUCCAACAACGUCGAAAGCACGCAUCUAUAUCAUUCCUCCAAGUCCACCUUGGAAGUCUUGCACAAGGAUGAUCCUUCUGUAAGAAAAGCGCUGGUCUUGGCAGGACUUAAAGUCGGCAAGCUCCGUCUCCGCAAAGAUUCGGAGCUUCUUCAAGACUUCAACCACCAACAAAACCUCCAAUUCGACUACGCUCCCACAGUCAUUUUCUCAACCGGAAUGCGGCAGAUUCGCAGUGGGCUCUUGUUCGCCCGCCCAUCGUGGAUUUGCUCCCGUUGCAAGAAAGCCAGUUAUUCUUCUAUCGCGUCGGCCAAUGCCCGCAGCCAAGGCAAAAAGAAUCUCCCCGACUCACCAGCGAGAACGCGUUUUGCUCCGUCACCCACUGGGUACUUGCAUCUAGGGUCCUUACGGACGGCAUUGUUCAAUUACCUAUUGGCUAGACGAACGGGGGGCCAGUUUCUUCUCCGAAUUGAAGAUACUGAUCAGAAACGCACGAUUCCCGGAGCGGAACAGCGGCUAUACGAAGAUCUGCGAUGGGCUGGAUUACAAUGGGACGAAGGUCCGCUGGUCGGGGGCCCGUAUGGUUCAUAUAGACAGUCAGAGCGCACAGCUAUCUACCACACCCAUGCCAACACCCUGAUAUCCACCGGCCAUGCGUACCGAUGCUUUUGCUCUCCAGAACGACUCGACACCCUCGCAAGGCACCGUAGCCAGGCGGGGCUUCCUCCGGGUUAUGACAGGAAAUGCAUAGAGAUUUCGGCGGAAGAAUCAGAAGAAAAGGCAGCCAAGGGGGAGGCGCAUGUCGUUCGGUUGAAAGUCGAGGGAUAUCCCAUGUAUAAUGACCUAGUUUAUGGCAAAACGGGACAGAAUCGCUCCAAAAGCAAAGUGGAUGUUAUUGAUCGCAUCUAUGAUGACCCUAUUUUGCUCAAGUCGGAUGGACAUCCUACCUAUCAUCUCGCGAAUGUUGUGGAUGAUCACCUCAUGAAGAUAACCCACGUUAUCCGGGGCACUGAAUGGAUGCCCUCAACCCCCCUGCAUGUUGCCUUAUACAAUGCCUUCCAGUGGAUGCCUCCUCGUUUUGGGCAUGUACCCUUGCUUGUCGACAAGAACGGACAGAAGCUCAGUAAGCGCAAUGCGGAUAUUGAUCUGUCAUUCUUCAAGGACAAGCAGGGGAUAUUCCCCAUAUCCUUGGUCAAUUUCGCAUCACUCUUAGGAUGGUCCCAUUCUCAGAAGUCUGAUGUGUUCAGCCUGGAAGAACUAGAACAGAUAUUUAACCUGAAGAUAACCCGAGGCAACACGGUAGUUGCAUUCGAGAAGCUCUGGUUCCUACAAAAGGCACACGCGCAACGCUUCGCUGCGAACGGUGGCCCCGAAUUUGAAGAGAUGGUACGCAGGGUUUCCGAGACUGUGGAAAACACCUACUCAUCUGAACAACUCACCCCAAUCCUCCAAUUCCGAACACUAUCAGAAUACAUCUCUCCUCUUCUUCGCGCAGACGCCAAAUCCUACACCAACGCUCAAGAAUUCGUCGCCCGGAACUCGACCUUCUUCACCCCCGAGCUCAACAGACCCCUAUACACCUCAGCGGCACUGUCAUCGAACAAGAAGAAUCCAUCAUCCGAUUCCCAACCUCCUCCCAUCCCCCUCUCAGCCCUACACACUGCAGCAGCCGCACUCUGCCUCGUUCCCGAAUCUCACUGGACUAUCGAAGCACACCGAUUCAACAUCACAUCCUACGACGGCUCCACCGUCAUCCUCGAUACUGCCAACGCAGACAAUACGCAACAACCACCAACACCAGGACAAGUGGAACUGGAAAAGGAAAAGUCCAGAAUCGCAGCAGAUAAGGCCUUCAAAAAGGAGCUCUACCAUUACCUUCGCUGGGCCCUGUCUGCUGGCGCCCCGGGCCCCGGAAUACCAGAAACGAUGGAGAUACUGGGCCGGGCUGAAACCGUGCGGCGGAUUCAGGAGGCGAGGAAGUUGACUCUACCCACGGAUUCUAAGGUUACUAGAGCCCCAAAGGGUGCUAGGAAAGAAGAGGAUCUUUCUUGGAUGGGUACACUUGCGCCGCAAUCAUCAUAACAGGGGAGAAGCUCUUUUUUAUAAUACUGUAUGUAUAUGUCAUGAUACUCAUGUGGAAUUACCUCUAUUUGUAUACUAAAUAAAUACAUCGUACAACAUUUCGGCGUUACCAGGUAAAAAAUGACAUUGUAGAGCUUAGAUCUCAACGAACGAGGCGUUCAUUCAAAUAUAAUCUUGGCAGAACGUACAGCUAACUGUAUAAAUUGAUAUCAACAACGGUAGUAAAGAGACAAGCAGUUUGGAUUACAUACAACUCCAGAGGAUAUAGUAAAGGAAAAGGACUUGAAAAAGGUGGGAGAGAGGGAGAUCAAAACCAAAGCAUAGAACCUUUGAAGGUGAAGGAUAUCCAAUAGAGGCCAUAAAACAUUAAUGUAUGCAGAGCAUGCAUCUCUCAGACAGUUAAGGAAAAAUAAAAAAUAAAAAAUAAAAGCAAUGAUACCGCCACCAUUCCCAGAUAAUUCACAGAAGCUCUGAGCCUCUCAGCAGCCUCUUAUUAAAACAAAGCUGAAUUGGUAGUACCCUUGCCCAUUGUCUCAUAUCUCAUUGAAAAACAAGAGGACCGAGACAGAUGUGCACCUGGGCUAUCACCAAACAGCAGGUAUCUUUUGAAAUGAAAAAUAAAGCUGCAAGCAACAAGUAUAUGGCAUGAUCACAUAUUUCUCUUGUAAAAAGGAAACAUGAGUAAUAAAUUGUGGGCGCGCGCAAGGAUAGUAGGCGAACUCACACAAAGACAGCCAAUCCGAUUCCAAAGCCAAUCAUAAAUUCGUCAAUCCAUGACCAUAGCAUCCAUCUAUGAGAAGCGGUCGCUGAACGAGAGAAACUUUCCAAUAGGCCCCCAUGCUGUCUGUCUGGUCCUGAUUCUAUUCCAGCUAGAGAAUCAAUUCGCUACGACAACUGUCGCACUAUUCUGGACUUAUACUGCGAAUACCUUUGGACAAUUUGCCAGAGAACGGGGUAUUAUGAAUACCAUCGAAAUGUUUGGACUGAGCGGAUCGAACCUUGGCAUAAUACAUUUCAGUAGCAUCAGCCUCGGAUCCGGACGCAUCAUCGAAUGUUUCCCAGUUCUCUGAUCCAGAAGUUGCAGUAUUGACUGUCGAUGAGUUCGAAGAACCUGAGGUCUGUCGGAUGGCUGGUGGAGGAGGUGCACGCUGCAGAUAAGGAUUUGGCCGUGGAAAUCCUCGCAGGGAAGAAUGUAUAGACGAGGUUGACGAUUGCGACGAUUGUGAAUAUUGUGCCGAUCUCUGGGAGAAAAUGGACGAGGCACUCAUGAAAGAUCGUUGAUGGUCAUCAUACACGUCUUCAGGUGUCACCGACCGCACAAACGAAUUGGACAAGGCACUGGCACAACGGGGUGGUUCAAGGGCAAAGCCCCGCCGUUCAUCCUUCGAUUCAACUGUCAUCGCACGCAUUCUUGAUGGUAUCGGUGCACGGGAUGAAGGCAUCUUGCCACUGAUAGUGUGUGAUGCAAAGGGACGACGGUCAGGACUGUUGCUUCCUUGAGGCAUAUUCGAAAGUGGCACGCGUGCCGGGAUUUUCGAUGGCGAUUUUGUAGGGGCUUGGUUGCGUCGAACUGAACCAGUGGGGGUCUUGGUAGCUGAUCGCGGAGGGGGCGGGGCCCUCAUGGCACUCGCUGGACGAGAAGGCAACUGCUUCACGGUAUUUAUCUUUGAAGCUGAAGCAGGGGCCGAAGGCGUCUUUGAGCGGGGUGGUGGUUUUGCAACGACAGGUGUCAGCUCAUCGAGAUACCUUUCGCCAAAAACGAGGAAGGGCCGUCCGUAUUCAUCCUCCCAAUGCUCGAGCUCUUUCCUCAACUCCGCUUCAACCUUGGGCAAUUCCUUAGCAAUUCUCUUUCUCAUCUUCUCUUCUCGUAGUAGCUUUCCCGGGUCGCGUUUCUCUCCCUUGUUUCCACGGGCCAUAAGGCGAGAUGCAUCCUGGCUCGAAGCCGCCAAAGCCUCACGCUCUGCUACAAGGUUGCGGUGUCGCUCAAUGAGAUGCAGGGUAGGAGCACGCUGUUCUUUUAAUGCUUCUAAUCGUGAGAUCUCUGCUUCAUGCGCUUCUAGCAAGGCGUCGCUGCAAACAUCAGAGAAGGCUGGAGUGAAGUCGAGCAUUUCCUCCUCAGAGAAAUACAAACUGUCCCAAAGCUCCUGGAGCCUGCAGCGUGCGUCUUCCACGAAGAGAUGCAGAUUCUGUCUCUUAAGUUCAUUGAGGCGGGACAGCUCGUCUUCAAAUUCAUUAAUGAUCCUUAGACCACAGCCGCGAUUGGCGGCAAGGAACGCCUUUCGA